CGAUCUAGUUGUCCGUAACAACAACACCAACCCUUACAGUAGUUUCAGUUCUCCGUGCGAGCAGACGUAUUUACUCCCUUGCUCGGACCUAGUAUUUGUUUGGUACUUUAUAUUUUAUGUUCUGGAUAUAACUUGAAAUGGCGCGAAGCGAAACGAAGUUGUAUCCAAAUUGUGACGCCAACGUGUGGCUCCGGUCGUGUGAGGAGGAGGUUACUGAGCCCUUGCAGGGCAAGAUUACAGGGGAGAUCCCCAGCUGGCUACAGGGCACGUUGCUCCGGAAUGGACCCGGGAGCCUCAAGGUCGGCUCCAUGCGGUUUAAGCACCUGUUCGAUAGCUCCGCACUGCUUCACAGGUUUGCGAUCCACGGAGGCUCAGUGACAUACCAGUGCCGCUUCCUGCAGUCCAACACUUACAAGAAGAACCACGCUGCCAACCGCAUAGUCGUCACCGAGUUUGGCACCAAAGCUGUGCCCGACCCCUGCCAUACCAUCUUCGACAGGGUGGCAGCGAUAUUCAAGCCGGGAGAGUCACUGUCUGACAACGCGAUGAUAUCUCUGUACCCGUUCGGAGACGAAAUCUAUGCUUUCACAGAGGGCCCGGUCAUACACAGAGUAGACCCAGUAACCUUGGAUACAUUGGAGAGGAAAAAUCUCAUGGAUUGUGCAGCAUUAGUCAACCACACGUCACACCCCCACGUCAUGCCUAAUGGAGACGUCUACAACUUGGGAAUGUCUGUUAUAAAAGGGCGGCUCAAGCACGUGAUUGUUAAAUUUCCUUUCACAGAAAAAGGAGACAUGUUCGAAAAUGCCCAAGUCGUCGCCAGCCUUAAACCAAAAUGGCCGCUACAUCCCUCGUACAUGCAUACUUUUGGUAUAACAGAGAACUACUUCGUGAUAGUGGAACAGCCUCUAUCCGUGUCGCUGAUUAAUAUGGUCGGCAACCAGCUCUCCAACGAACCGCUGGCCUCCAGCCUCCAGUGGUAUCCAAACCAUGAGACUCACAUAGUCCUGCUGAGCAGGAAGGACGGCAAGGAGUUCAAGCGGUACCGCAUGGAGGCCAUGUUCUACCUGCACAUCAUCAACUGCUUCGAACAGGACAGCGCGGUGGUGGUCGACAUCUGCGCCUACAAGGACGCCAAGGCUCUAGAUGCCAUGUACAUACACGCUAUUGAGACAAUGCAAAGCAACGCGGACUACGCGUCCUGGUUCCGCGCGCGGCCGCAGCGCGUGACGCUGCCGCUGGCCGCGCGCGCGCGCCUCGUGUGCGCGCGCCUCGCCGACCUCGGCUGCGAGACGCCCAGGAUACACUACGAUCUUGUCAACGGUCGUCCAUAUCGAUACUUUUAUGCGAUCAGUUCGGAUGUAGACGCCGAAAAUCCUGGCACAAUAAUAAAAGUGGACACGAUAUCGGGGGAAGUUAAAACAUGGUGCGACGCCAAUAACUACCCCAGCGAACCCAUCUUCGUCCCCUCGCCUGAUGGUAAGGAUGAAGACGACGGCGUGCUAGUCAGCGCGGUGGUGUGGGGCGGGAGCCGCACGCGCGCCGUGGCGCUGCUCGUGCUGGACGCGCGCACGCUGACGGAGAUCGCGCGCGCAGAGUUCGCCACACCUUCAGAAGUUCCUAAAUGCUUGCAUGGCUGGUUCUUGCCUGAGAGACCUUUGAAAUAGAUCUUUUUUGUUGGUAUUUUAUUGAUUGAUUAAUUGGGUUUGAUUUAUCAUAAUAAAUUAAGAAAACACUUUUAAAAAUAUA